AUGUCUGCCGCUGACGCACCUCACGAGGGCAGCGUUUUCUUCCCGAUACCAGACGGCAGCGGGCUGCUGUACAAGCUGACCGGGCAGGCCGAGUCACCGACCCCCGAGGCGGUGAUCGAGCGGCAGCUGCCCGCCAAGGAGCGCCACGUGGAGCCGUUGACCGUGGUCAACUGGCUGCACAAGCCGCAGCGCUUCAGGGUGAAGCUGGAGAAGCUGGCGGGGGACAGGGCGACGCGGCUGGAGGGGGGGGAGCACAUUGAUGUGCCGGCAAAGGCGGAGCGGCAGUACAACCUGGCGUUCUAUAGCUACACGCAGGGUCUCACCCAUGCGCGCGUGACUUUCACCAGCGAGGCCACGGGUGAGUACUGCUACUAUGACCUCAAGCUGACGUCAUCGGCCCCCGCGCGCCGCGGCUGCCUGGCCAUGGAGUGCCCCGUGCGGACGGAGACGGUGGCUCGCGUCCAGAUUGCCAACCCCCUGCCGGGGGACAUCACAAUGAAGGCCACAGUGGUCGGGUCGCGGCAGGUGACUGUGCACCCCGACCCACCCGUGCUGCGGGGCGCGGCCACCACCGAGCUGGAGGUCCGCUUCCGCCCCCUCCUGGUCGGCGCCUGCGACGCCACCCUCAAGCUGGAGUGCCCCGAGCUGGGCCUGCACGAGUGGGGCCUCAAGCUGGCGGGCGCCGCGGUCAACCCCGAGCGCGGCCUCGCGUUCUCUGUGCCGCUGGGGGGCAGGGGCGCGCAGGCCUUCAGGUUCACGCACUACCUGCAGGAGCGGGCGGAGUACCGCUGCUACUUCAGGAGCGCGGCCGCUGGCAGCGGCGGCGGCGGCGGCGGCGGCGGGGCCGGCGGAGGGGCCGGCGGCAGCAGCGUGGGGUUCGACGCGCCCGCAACGGUGGUCGCGCCCGCGGCGGCGGGGCCAGGUGGGGUGUGCGGGGGUGCGGCGCCUCGGGGCGCGCUCGGGGCUGCGGGCUCGUUGACCGCGCGCGGUCACAUAAAACUGGUUGAAGUCAAUCCCAGGCGCCUCGUCCGGACUGCCCGUACCGCCUGA